AUGGGCCUCAAUUUCAAAGUCUUUUUCAGCAAACGACCUGGCGUGAAUCGCUCUACACCUCCGGGACACGACGACCUCAAAUGGGUCCCAACGACCUCCACCUUGAUAUACGGUGCAACAGAUGCAGUCCUUGUCGAUACACAGCUCACAAUCGAGGCUGGAGAUGCUUUGGCAGAUUGGGUUGCCGCGAGUGGCAAGAACCUUACUAAAAUUUACGUCACUCACGGGCACGGCGAUCACUUCUUUGGCAAUUCUAUCUUGUUGAAACGCUUCCCUAAUGCUAAGGUCGUGUCCACCCCGGAGGUGGUUUCGCGAAUGCGAACCGAGUCAUCUCCAGACAGGUUGGAGAGCUUUUGGAAUAAAUUGUUUCCAAAACAGAUCCCGGAGCAUUUUGUUUUUGCCGAGCCACUCCAGCAAGAUGAGAUUGGGCUUGAAGGCGAGAGAUUGGUAGUGAUCCGAAUCGGCCAUACCGAUUGCGACAAUACCACCGCACUGUGGGUGCCGUCUAUCGGUCUCGUGGUGGCCGGUGAUUCCGUCUAUGGCAAUACUCAUCCGUAUCUCGGCGAGUCUGCCACCAAGGAAGCGCGUUUGGCGUGGAUCGCUGCCCUGGAUACGAUCGCCGCUCUUCAGCCCAAAUUUGUCAUCGGAGGCCACAGUGACCCCCAAAACGGCUUUGCGCCAGCUGCCAUCAACGAGACAAAAAGAUAUCUGGAAGAUUUUGAACGUGUCGCACAGCAAUUCACUACAGCUGAGGAAAUAUACACUCAUAUGCUGCAGUUACACCCAGGCCGGCUUAACCCGGGCUCUCUAUGGGGAGGUGCAACACAGGCCGUGAAACGUUGA